AUGGAUUUUUUGAAGAUCUCGCCAUCAGGCGAUGCUGAAACCACAACGGACGUGUUCCAGACCGGGAUCGCGUACGAUCCUGAUCGGGACUCAGUGUUGGGACGGAGAUCAUACAUCGACGACAUCAUGAUCGCAGCGGAAUCCGUAGCCAAGAGCUUUUGGGGCAUGGAUAAGGUAGGAUAUCUGGAACACCGAGUUUUGAUCGGAGGUUUGGAGACGAUCCCGAAAGACCUGAAAUCGUUGACCGAUCUGCCGUUCCCCGGAUCUCUGCGGUCUAUGCAGUCGUUCCUGGGCAGUCUAAAUUACUACAGCCGAUUCAUCGAAGACUACGCGAUCUAUGCUUCGGUACUCUACGAAUUACGAGAAGUUGAGUUCGCAGAACUGGAGAAACGAUCGGAUCUGAGGAAGAUCAUGGACCGGAACGACUCGAUUCCUCGUGAUCACGGCCCACCGGAACUGAAGUUGACGGGACCAGUGGACGAGAGGUGGAUCAGGGCGCAUAGGGACUUCAUCACCCUGAAAACUAGGAUCGCGACUACCCCAAUCCUCCGCCAUUUCGACGAGGCGAGAACGCCGGUAGUUAUCGUAUAUGCUAGCGAUUGGGCGAUAUCCGCCUCGUUGACGCAAGAACACGACAGGAUCUAUCAUCCGGUGACGUUCGCAAGUCGCACCUUGAAGACGAACGAGUUGAAUUACGAUGUGACUGAGAAGGAGGUGUUGGGCCGGGUCCUGACGAGGCAUUCUACGUUGGCCUGGCUGUUCAAGUCGACGGGGUUGCAGGGUCGCCUGGGACAAUGGUCUGCCCUCCUGGCCCCAUGGACACUUAAAAUCACGAAGUGCACGAAGGGUGAAGAUGAGAUACUGGGGGUGAUCGCUGCUAGCAUCACGCCGAGGGCGAAGAUCGACGACGCACUGACCGAAAUCGUCCCCCGGAAAGAACCUAAACGCCGGAUCCAAGCACCGAUACCCACCGUAGAUCGAGACGAGGAACUAUGGGUGAUCAGCUUUGACGGAUCCGCACGGGUUAAGCGUGGUGGGGGCGCGUUCGGCGCGAUAGUGUGGUGUCUGCCCGGAUGGGAGGUGGUCAAGGCCAGAUCAGGCUAUCUCGAGAGCCUCACCGUGAACGAAGCCGAAUAUAACGGCCUGAUCCUGGGACUCGACAUGCUAGAGGACCUGGAUCGCAAACGCCUGGUGGUCUGCGGUGAUUCCAACUUAGUAAUCCGACAAGUACGGGGCGAGAUCGAUUGCAAAGCGCCCGGACUGACGCUAUUGAAGCGGAAGGCCCUCGAUCGCCUGAGGAAAUGGAGUGAUCAUGAGUUGGUGUAUGUCAAGAGGGACUGGAACGGGAGUGCCGACAGUCUAGUGAGCGCCGCUUUGCAACGACAAGGGUGGAUCGAGGUCCAGGAGGUGCCCGGCGGAUUUGAUCACUCUGAAUCGGUUAGACGAAAUCUUGAUUCCCAGGACCGAGAACCCAGUGAGGAUCUGAUCCGGGAGAUGCGGGUCGAUCGGAUCAAGAAGCCCCAGGAGGAGGAAGUCUGGAUCGCAGGCAUGAAGAAGUAUUUGAGUGGCGCGAUCGCAUAUUUCACACAAGCGGAAGCGAGAUCGUACGGCAAGAUCGCAACCGAGUAUGAGGUCGAUGAGCAGGAUCUACUCUUUUACUGCCCUCCCACGCCGAGAUCGGGGGACGAUCGCGAUCGAUUGCUGAGAUUGGUAGUUCCCGAAACGCUGCAAUCGGACAUAUCACACUACGUUCACUAUCACACCACGUGGGAAGGAGGACAUCAGGGAGCGAUGUGCCCGUUCCAGAUCAUUGCGAUGGAUCACAUACCGUCGGUACCCAGAUUCCAUAAGGGAAAUACCGAGUUAUUGAUCUGGGUCGAUCUGUUCAUAGGAUAUGUGAUCGCGAAAGCCAGCUCGUCCCGAUCUGCCCAGGCGGUUGCGGAA